GAUGAGAUUUUUGCGCCAUAUGGCCUUCCAUAGCGCUCUUAAAACUUGGCCCCAGUCAGGCGCGUGGCCGGGAGAGUUUCCGACCUUAAAGCGCUCGCGCGUUGCGGCAGAGAGGCAGUGCGAUCCUCAGCAGUGCUCUGAGACCGCAACCCAGCGCGCGCGCUCAGCACACUCAGCAUGGGCUGUUCAGAGAGCGGGUAAAGACGCAGCGCGCGCGGAACCGCCUUCAUCCCCGAGAGCUUUAGGAACUGCGCGGGUUCGUGUUCGGGACUGGAACUUUACCAUGGCUUCUGAAAAAGAGAAGAAGAGACAUCCUUCAGAACGGCGGAAAGAGAAGUCGCGUGAUGCAGCGCGCUGUAGGCGGAGUAAGGAGACGGAGGUGUUCUACGAGCUCGCACAUCAGCUGCCUCUGCCUCAUAGCAUCCGCUCACACCUGGACAAAGCGUCCAUCAUGAGACUGACCAUCAGCUUCCUCCGUACACGCAAACUGCUCACAUCAGGAUGCUUGAGCAGACAGCUAAAGGAAGACGCCCUGAUGGACACUCUGUAUCUGAAGUCUCUGCAAGGCUUUGUUGCUGUGGUGACAUCAGAAGGCGACAUGAUCUUCGUCUCAGGGAACAUCAGUAAAUUCAUGGGUCUCACGCAGGUCGAAUUAACAGGACACAGUAUUUUUGAUUUCACACACCCUUGCGAUCAUGAGGAGAUCCGAGAGAACCUCAGUGUCAGAGCAGGCUCAGCGUAUGGCAGGAGACAUAAGGAGCUGAGCACAGCGAGAGAUUUCUUCAUGAGGAUGAAGUGCACAGUCACCAACAGAGGACGCACAGUCAACCUUAAAUCGGCCAGCUGGAAGGUGCUGCACUGCACAGGGUAUUUGAAGGUGUACCCCAGCCGGCCCCCUCAUGUUUUGUCUGGGUUUACUGAGCCCCUCCUGACUUGCCUGGUCGUGCUGUGUGAACCCAUCCCUCAUCCGUCCAGUGUGGACACACCAAUUGACUGCAAGACCUUCAUGAGUCGACACAGCAUGGACUUAAAGUUCACGUACUGUGAUGAGAGUGUGGGGAAUCUGAUGGGCUACACACCAGAUGACUUAGUGGGGCGCUCUGUAUAUGACUUCUACCAUGCAAUGGAUGUGGACAAUAUGACGAAGAGCCAUCAGAACUUGUGCGCGAAGGGUCAGGUGGUGAGCGGUCAGUAUCGGAUGUUGGCUAAGCAUGGUGGUUACGUUUGGGUGGAGACACACGGCACGGUCAUCUAUAACACCCGCAACUGUCAGCCACAGUGCAUCGUGUGUAUCAACUACGUCUUAAGUGAUGUUGAACAGAAGUCCAUUGUGCUUUCGGUGGACCAGAUGGAGUCGUUUUUCAAACCCCGAAACAUGCUGGUCACCAGUGAAGUCUUCUGCCGAGGCUCUGAAACAUCUAACAUGCUCUUUACCAAAUUCAAGGAGGAACCUGAAGAGAUCCCGCAGCUCGUGCCAACACCGGGAGAAGCGAUCAUUGCCCUGGACUUUGGAAGUCCAGAGUUUGAAGCUUCUACUACCUUCUACAAAUCUCCCAGUCAGGCUUCGGUCAAUAAGCUGUGGGAAAUAGAGUCUCCACAACAUAACUCUAACAGCAACCUGGCCAAAACUUCUUCAUCCAGCUCAAAUACGACCCUGAACAACAGCAGCAGCUCCACUCCCGAUAGUGCAGGAGAACGAUACUAUGGUAAUGAGGAGAAUGAGCUGAAGAUUGAGCUGACAGAACGGCUUUUUGAGCAGGACACUGACAACGAACAAUGGGACUUCAAUGAUCUGGACCUGGAGACUUUGGCUCCCUACAUCCCCAUGGACGGUGAGGACUUCCAGCUCAACCCCAUUGCUCAGGAUGAAUCCUUAUCUGAGUCCAGCUCAAACUUUUGUCCCCAGCCACAGAAGAGCCUCUUCCAGCCUUUGGCUCAUCUCACCUCUGAGCACAAAAACUGCAUCAGCUCCUACCCAGAGAUACCACUCGUUCCUCCUUACCAGGCUCCUCCGAGCAUUUUGCACUCAUCCGGAGCAGGCAUGCACCUUGAUCAGAUUACUCUGACUAACAGUUUCAAACGAAAAAGACGGGAUGAAUUUACUACUUCCUGCUCGUUUCCAGAUAUUCCUCAAUGUAUUAAGCAGGAUGGAAUAAGUCGCAGCGAGUCUGCAGACAACAUGUGGAAGCGAAUGAGGACAGCAAAUACGGAUGGGUGUGCCUUUUCUAUCAGGAAACCCCCUGAUCCCAGAAACCCCUUCUCAGCUGGGCAAUUAGCUAAGCAUUCUCACCCUGUUCGUUGUCAGCCUCCUCCAGAUCCCCGGCUCUCUGACGAGCUCAAACAGCCUUUUACUGAGCGCUUCUGCUCUUCAGCAUACAGUCAGUAUGGCAUGCCAGCUUCUGUAAAAUUCACAGGGAUUACAAAUCGAUUGCUAGGCCCCUCCUUUGGCCCGUACUGCCUGGCGGAGCUGACGCAGUAUGACUGUGAUGUGAACGUGCCAUUGCAGGGAAAUCUUCACCUGCUGCAGGGAAACGAUCUGCUCAAAGCUUUAGACCAGUCCACAUAGACUGUCAGAUACUUAAGUUACAUCCAGACUGGGUCUCUCCAUUUAGUCUGUGCCUACUGCAUACAUGCCUUUCUUAUAAUGGUUGCAUUUCCAUUCACUUAUAUCGCCAGUGACAGAAUACAGAAUGCAACAUCCCUAACUCAGACACUAUUGUUUAUGUAUGAGCUGUUACUACCUUAUAAACUGUUAAUACAAGUUAAUAAUGUAUAACUUUACUUUCACUUUGGUGUUGAAAUUUAUUCUUAUAUUCAGACAUAUUAUACUGAGUCAUUUGUUUCAGAUGAUAUAGAUUAAUAUUGGUAUUACUGGUGCAAUUUUCUUGUUUCUCUUUUAAAUAGUGCACCAGUUAAGUUUGUACACCCCUACACAUUCAUAGGUUUUUCUGUAUUUUGAUUAUUUUCUACAUUGUAGAACAAUACAGAAGACAUCAAAACUAUCAAAUAACACAUGGAACAGAAAAGUGUUUAAAAAAACAAAACGUGUUUCAUAUUUUAGAUUCUUCAAAGUAGCCAGCGUUUACCUUGACUUGGCUUUGCACGCUAUUGGCAUUAUCUUAACCAGCUUCAUGAGGUCGUCACCUGGAAUGUGCCUUGUCAAAAGUUAAUUAGUGCAAUUUCUUGCCGCCUUAAUGCGUUUGAGAUCAAACAAUAAAUAGUAAAUAAUAAAAAUACAGUAAAUAGCUGGCUACUAUUCAACACCACAACUGUAGUAAUCCAUAUUAUGUCAAGAACCGCUCAACUAAAUAAAAAAAAAGACAGUCCGUCAUUACUUUAAGACAUGAAGUGUUGUUAUUAAUUAAUAAAAAUAAAGAAAAAACAUUGAAUUUGAAGGUGUGUCCAAACUUUUGACUGGUACUAAUAUAUAAUGUAUUAUAUUAUAUGGUCUCAAAUCAGUUUUGAUAUUGCAAAGAAAAAUGCAGUUAUUUAGAAGUAACUAGAAAAGUUUCUUUUAGGGUUUGGGAUUUAAAAAAAGCAUGGAAAUUCAAAUCAUGAAUGUGUUUCAUAAUUUGGAUAAUUUGUAAAAUACCAUUUUCUUGCUUCUUUUUGUUUCAGUUGCUCUUUCAAAUUCCAUAAUCUACCUAAACAACUGUGAUGCUAUAUGCUGCGUAUCUCUACAUCAUAUGAAGCACUUUAUUUAAAGAGCAUUAAACUAGACCCAUAGCAGCAUGGUGGUGUAGUGGUUAGCACUGUUGCCUCGCAGCAAGAAGGUUCUGGGUUCGAGCCCAGUAGUCAAUGGGGGACUUUCUGUGUGGAGUUUGCAUGUUCUCUGCCUGGGUUAACUCUGGGUGCUCUGGUUUCCCCCACAGUCCAAAGACGUGCAGGUUAGGCUGAUUGGUGGCUCUAAAUUGACUGAAUGGUUGUUUGUUUCUAUGUGUCAGCCCUGCGAUGAUCUGGUGACUUGUCCAGGGUGUACCCCGCCUCUUGCCCAUAGUCAGCUGGGAUAGGCUCCUGCAACCCUGCACAGGAUAAGUGGCUACAGAUAAUGGAUGGAAAAUAGACCCCUUUUUUGCGUAGACCAAAUACAAAAUAAUGUCAUACUACUUUUGCAAGUGGUGCUUUCAUUUCAUAGGAUCGCUUCAACUACAUCCCAGUUUACCCAAUACCAGGAAACUCUUCAUAAUCUUCUGUCUUGUCUGUCCCACCAGCAUCACCAACACAUUAUCCAAGCAGCGACAGUUAUUAGUUAUAUAUUCUCAUAUAGAGAGGUGCAGGGGGUGUCGUGGCUCAGGUGGAUAAGGCGCCAUACCAUAAAUCCGGGGACCCGGGUUCGAUUCCGACCCGAGGUCAUUUCCCGAUCCCUCCCCCUCUCUCUCCCCCGCUCAUUUCCUGUCUCUACACUGUCCUAUCCAAUAAAGGUGAAAAAAAAAGCCCAAAAAAAAUCUUUAAAAAAAAAAAAGAGGUGCAAUGUCUUUAGAUGGUCCUAAUCAGUGCCUAGGUACCUUAUCUAAUUUACUCUAGUAGAAACUGUCGCUUUUCUUUAUUUGAAUUCUUCAUGCAGUUUAAGGUUAAAUGUAUGAUUCUUUGUUUCCAACUCAAGCUAAUGUUUAUAAUCUCCAUUUGAUACCAUGGAGCUCUAAUAUUUUCAUUAGUGAACAUCUAAAAGGAUUUCUGUCUCAGACUGUCAGUGUUUUUCAAAGGAAAGGUGAUUAUAAACACAUGCAAAACAGUGGCAUAUAGUCGUAGUAAUAAUAGUAAUAAUAAUUGUUUUAACUGUUCCACUCUCAGUUCAAAAUGACUCAAGAUUCAUGAUGAAAUAUAACUGAACAUGUAUUUAACACAUGGCCUUGUAAGCUAUAUUAACUCGCGCACAUUUUAACGAUGAAUCAUAGUAUUUGGUCAGUAUUUAUUUUUUCUAACGAUUCUCAUACCGGUAUUUCUGAGAAAGCCUUGAUGCUCAUGAUUAUUUCAUAAUGCCUCACAUUACACAGUGACACAAAAACUACACAUGACAAAAUAUAUAGUUUUCAUCAGAUGCCUAUUCAGAUUACUGAUAUUGAUUACUGUCAUGUAUUGCUUCAUAGCAUUUUUGAAAUAAAUGAUCGUUCAUUAAUUAAUUUGUAAUUUAUUAAGUGUGUCCAUAAAUGGCAUAUUUGCUGUCAAUACAGUUUGACUUGGAAAACAAACUCGCUCUGAGUUUAGGACAGACAGGGUAAACCAUAUCGCAGUGUGAAAUGUUCUACAACUGUUCUCUGAAGGGAGAUCCACUGGUGUUUCUUCUUUUUUUUUUCUUUUGUUAAAUCAGGAAGCCUAAGAUAUUGAAAAAAAUAUAUAUAUAUCUAACUUUAUGUGACAUUAUGAAUUGCCUGCAUAUCGAGAUGCUACUUUCUUGUUUCUUUUACUCCAUGUAAAGAAGCACUUUGUUGGGCUCUUUUUGGUAAUAAAAGGAGUAGACACAAA